GGCAGGAAUGAGGCGACCAUGCACACUGGGCGAUUCACUGGAUGCGAGUGAUUUUCUCCAUUUGCUCUCAGGCCAGCAGUUCAGGGGGAGCACACGCAUUGUCUCCGCGCCAGAAAUCCAUACCCCCUCCUUGCUCUCCGAGGAUCCGUGUUUCCUUUGCUUUCCAUUCACCACUCCUCCAUCCCCCUUUGUCACUUUGUUUCAGAGCAGAAAAUUACCAACAGGCUAUCAUGGGCGAUACCGGCAAUCAGAAUAACAAGGUAGGCGAGCAUCGUGAGCCCCCAUCGGCGUAUAAAAGGGCCAGCCGCGGAGUGCGCAAGACUGUUCGCCGCCUAGACGUCCUCCACGAUCCCCAGUCUUUUGACGCUUUAACACCCAGCCCGCUCAGUACAUCUGACUCCCGGGCCAUUGUAAACAACCUCGACUCACCAUCACUCUCACCACCGCCGGAGCGUGCUUCUGCGGCCACUUGUUCUGAACCACAGGCCUCAUCCAGCAAGGAGAGCUCUCCCGACGACUACCUGUCCAUCCAGCGUAGCACACCGCUGCAGCUCCUGCCCUCGCACUUCAAAGACGGCAAGCCCAAGGCGCUCCGCCAAGACAUGCAGCCCCCAGCCUCCUCAGGUCUGAACACGCCUGAGAACCGGUCGCCGGCACUGAAUCCGGUGGCAGGGAUUUCGCGCGAAAUCGGCACCUCGACGCAGCUCGACAUGGGCGCAACACGCCCGGGCCACUACCGCACGCCGAGCGCAUCGACGACGCCGCUGCGUCGCAAUCCCAGCACUAUCAUCACAAAUGUCGAGAAGCACGGCGGCCCGCGGCGGAGACGGUCCAAGACCAACGUGCGGUCAUCCAGCCGGUCGCUGUCGCGGCCGGGGUCGCCCACCGGCUCGGUGUGCAGCGAUGUCAGCAGCGUCAGCGGCAAGAGCCUGACCAUUGUGCUGAAGCUGGGCACCAGCUCCAUCUGCGAUCCCGUCACACACAUGCCAAUGCUGGCCAAUCUGUCGCUGAUGCUCAAGGAGCUGGGCCACCGUGUCGUGCUGGUCUCCAGCGGUGCCGUCGGCGUUGGCCUGCGCCGCCUCAACAUGCCUACCAAGCCCAAGGACCUGGCUACCAUCCAGGCUAUUGCUGCGGUCGGUCAAGGCCGCCUGAUGGCUCUCUGGGACGACCUUUUCGGUCAGCUCAGCCAGCCCAUCGCCCAGGUGCUGCUCACACGCCACGAUCUGUCACAGCGUACGCAAUACCUCAAUGCAUGCAAUACAUUUGAGGCGCUGCUCGAGAUGGGCGUCGUGCCCAUUGUUAACGAGAACGAUACCGUCAGUCUGGGCGAGAUCAGGUUCGGCGACAACGACACCCUGUCGGCAAUUACGGCUGGCAUGGUCCAUGCCGACUAUCUGUUCUUGCUGACUGAUGUCGACUGCCUGUACACAGAUAACCCCCGCACGAACCCCAACGCCAAGCCCGUCACCAGCGUCUCUGACAUCCACGCCUUGCGCGAGGCCGUCGAUGUGUCGUCGGCUGGGUCGGCCGUUGGCACCGGCGGCAUGGCCACCAAGCUGAUCGCAGCCGAGCUGUCGACUGCCGCUGGCGUGACCACUGUAAUCACGCGCGGAUCGACCCCGCAGAAGGUAAUCGACAUUGUUGAGCACUUCUCGAACCCCGAGGUCCUGCCCGAUGCCCCGGUCCCGUCCAGCGUGCUGUGCACCCGCUUCAUUGCCAAGUCGCGCCCGAUGAUCGACCGCAAGUGGUGGAUUCUGCACGGCAUGUACUGCGCCGGCACCAUCUACGUCGAUGCUGGCGCCGUGGUGGCCAUUGCCAAGUUCAAGAAGUCGCUGUUCGCCGCUGGUGUCAAGCGCGUCGAGGGCGUGUUCUCGUCCAACCAGGCCGUGCGCGUCGUCUACGAGCCUGAGCGCGAGGUGCGCGACAACGUCAAGAACCUCGACUCUGACGAGGCCCGUGUGCUCAACGCCGUGGCCCCGAUCAAGGCUGCCACAGCUCCGAGUUCGCGGAAUAUCCUCGGCUACUGCGACUCUGACAACGUGAUCAACCGUGGUAACAUGGUUGUCACUGUCGACGACCACAUCCUCGACGAUGUGUUCAUUACCAAGAUGCACAAGACCAAGAUCCGUGCCGAGCAGCGUGCCCCGGUCCCGACCCCGUCGCCCAAGCUGCGUGCCACCCGCCGCUUAAUCUUAUAUAACUCUACUAGCCUAAU